GUCUAAUAAUACACGAAGGGCCCUCGGUUUACCGGAUUUUUAAACGGUGGCAGGCGGUCAAUCAGCAGUGGAAAGUGCUGAACUAUGACAAAACAAAGGACAUGGAGGAACAAAAAACAGGGACCAGGACAAAUCAGCGCACCUCCUCCCAAACCACCCACUCGUCCUCUACUGGUGGUACAGCCACUAACUCCGCUCCAGCCGACAGCGGGGCACGGGCUGCCGGCCAUGCCACAGGCACCCUCUCUGACCACCACUGUGCUUACACCAUCCUGCAUAUACUCAGCCACCUGAGGCCUCACGAACAGAGAAGUCAGUCUAGUAGUAACAGAGAGCUCGUCAUGAGGGUCACGACAGUCUGA